ACGCUUUUCGCUGGCAACAAAUUUUCUUUUCCGAACAAACAAAAAGGUUGAAAACGUUAUAAGAAGCAAAAUUCUAAGCGUCUGAUUUAAUAAAUUGCUGGCCGGCAUUUAUGAGCAGUGCAAUCGAAUUUUAAAACAGCAUUUUCAUAAGUGCAUUAGUGUGCGAAAAGCAUUUUUCCAAAAACUAUGAGACGUCGAAGCGAGCGCAAAAAAUCUUCAUCCCCCGCGCCAUUGCCGGCACGACGCAGCCGAAGAUCGCGCAAAAUAUCGGAAAAUGAGAAAGUCGCGGAAAAUGCAGUGGAAAAUGCAGUGGAUGUAAAAUCACCAGCAAAAGAAACAGUUAUUAUAGAAGAACCCAAUGCUGAUAAAACAGAACGUGAACGCGGCUCCAGUGACGAGCAUGUGGCACCAGCAGCAUCGCCAGUGCGCAAAAGCCGCAGUACACGCACUACACCAAAAAAGCGUAACACCAGCAUAAGCAAUCAACGCGACAAAAGCCACGAUAACAAGGUUGAGACCAUACCCGAAGAAGCGGAAAAUGGUGCCGAGGUACAUGUGGCAAGCGCUAGUGGGGAGACUGAAAAUAAGCCAGAGCCGCUAGAAAAUGAGCAAAAUAGCGUUAAAGUCGUUGAGCCUGCAAUACAGAAGGAAGAGGAAGUAACAGAGGAACCAGAGGCCGUCAAGCCGGAAACUCAGAAGGAAGUAGAGUCGCCCAAGAAUAUCAAGGAACAGGAAGACCCUGAUGCUAAUGGAGACAAACCCAAGGAAGGAAGCAAACGGAGUAAGGAAGAGGUAAAGGUUGCUGGUUCUUUAGGCUUUACAGCUAGUAAGGAUGAGGAACAGUUAAAAACUACAAGCGAUGUAUUAGACAUUCAAACAGAAGACGUUGAAGAGCGGAACACUGGAAGCGUGGAAGAAGCGGCAAAUGAUAAACAGAAAAAGAUAAACAACAACAAUGCCAAGUCACUCAAAACUGACGAGCACAAGGAGAACCAUAAGGAAGAAACAAUUGUAACAGAGUCGGUGGCCAAGGAGCAGCCAGAGAAUAAUGAUAACGACAAAAAUGAAACAAAUUUAAAUCCGCGUUGCGUGCGUAAACGCAAAUGGUUUAGCAAAAAGGUUGCUGAGCGUGCACCACCCGUGCUAGCCAUAUCAACGGAUUCAUUAAAGAAUAUUAUAGCUGAUGUGGUCAAACCGGUGCCGCUCAGUGAUGUGCAGUUGGAGUCAUCCUCUGAGGAGGAGGGCCUGGUUACCAGUGAUCAUGAGUCAGAGGAGCGGUCAUUAACGCCCGAAAUGCGUGUCGGCAAGGAGCAAGAGCAAACUAAUGAGACCGAUGAUGAGGCAACGAAACCUCAAGCGUCCCUAAAGCACACCACGGACAAAGAUGCACCAUUAACAGUGCCGCCGGCGGCUGAAUCUGCGCCCAAAACUUCAUCCGUUGCCCGCUCCCCAAGUCCGGCACGCAAUCACACUAGCCAUGUGCUCUACAUUACCAAUUUGGUGCGUCCGUUUACAGUGCUACAAUUGAAAGGACUGUUGGCACGCACAGGUAAAAUCGUUGACGAUAAUGGCUUCUGGAUUGAUCGCAUAAAGUCCAAGUGCUUCGUGGCCUACGCCACAGAGGAUGAGGCUAUUGAAACACGCCACGCGCUCCAUGGUGUACGCUGGCCAGUAUCCAAUCCCAAGUGUUUGAAUGUUGACUUUGGCAGUCGUACAGAUAUGGAUCGUGCCAUUCAAUCGACACAAAACGAUGCUCCCAAAUAUCCACAUGACAACACCAGAGAUAAUCAACAUGCAGGCAAUACUUGGUCUCGCCUCGAUGCCAGCGAUAUAAAGGCAGCGCGUCCUGUACGCGAAUGGGAUGUGGGCAAAAAAGAGCCCAAUGAUCGUGAAAAGUCUAUCAAUGACAGGCGGCGCAGCAGCAAGGAGCGUGUGGAUGCACGUUUGGGCGAGCGUGGUCGGGGCGGUGAUGAUGCCGACAGAGCUGGACAGGAGCGAAAGCGUUCUAGAGAACGUGAGCGCAGUGGACGCGAUCGUAUUGAUCAACAUGGACGUAGCCGAAGCGGCUCACCAGCUACAAAGUCGAGGAAGAAGGAGAAUGAACCACCAGUUAGACUAUUGGACGAUCUGUUUCGUAAAACAAAAAGUACACCUUGUAUUUACUGGCUGCCUUUAACGCCGGAAGCUAUCGCUGAAAAGGAGGCCUUCCGUCAGAAACGCAUCGAAGAGCACAAACAGCGAAUAAAGGAGCGUGAAGAGCGCAUGAAAGAGCGCGACCGUGAAAAGGAUCGCGAUAGGCAACGAGAUACUCGUCGACGUUCAAAUGAACGGCGACGCUCUCGCAGUCGCGAGCGUGAGCGACGACGUUACUAAGGCAGUAACUAUCUCUGAACAAGCAAAAUAAAUACAAAAUUGUGUCUCCUCGACAACCAAUUUUAAAGAAACAAACACAACAGCAAACAAUUGAAGCAAGCUGGAAUGGUUUCGCAUAGAAACGUCCCCAAGAAACAAAUUUGUUUUCGCCUUAUUUUUUUGUUUUUUUAAGUUUUGAGUUGGAAAAUGUUCAACUUGAAGUUUGAUACUUAAAACCCACUUCAAAUUGAAUAUUUAUGCAGACUCACAAAAACCUAACUAUGAGAUUUCAAUUUAUUUUCUCCCCACAUUUCUUUCUGCGGUUCUAUAAUAUCUGCAAAACAAACAUAACUUGAUAUGAUUUCUUUCCCAAAUGUAGCUUUUUACAGCGCGUUUCCACAACAACAAGAUCAACUACUUCUUGAACAACAUCAACCACAACCACAAUACAGGUGUCUAUCAAUAAUAUAGCGACUGCGACGCACGUGGAUUAAUUCGUGUCCGGAGUGCUAAGUACUCAUGCCGCAAGCGCUGGCAAUUUUUCUAACCAAUCCAUGCAUAACUAUAUAUUCAAACAGAAAUAACUUAAUUAACUGAAUUAUUGUAUUGUAACUAUGAAAUUUUAAAGAACCUAGAAAUAUAAAUCACAAAAUGGCACGUUUGUGACA